AUGCUAGAAAUGAGUGUCGUAAGUGUGGGGCAAAACUUGAUUACAUUGACCUUUGUUGUCGAGCCUGUGAAGCAAGAGAACAAGAUGCGGCUAGCCGUUGUCCUGGAUGUGGCAAAAGUGGAACCAAUGGAGAAAAAUGUAUCGACUGUAUCGCUAGGGAGAACCAAAUUCAGUGUGUUAAAUGUAAAGGAUAUUUUUUAGACAACGGACAAGCGGGAGGAGGAGAUAAAGGUAGUUUUGUUUGUAAUCAGUGUAAUUGGAAGCAACCAAACGGGGAAGAAAGAAAAUGCGAUAAAUGUAAAACUAGACCAGUAGUUGUCUACCUUGGUUCAUUAGGUAAGUUUUGUCAGGAAUGUAAAGGGUGCGAUGAGUGUGGUCAUGCUGAUUUUAGAGAAUGUCUCAUAAAAUAUAAAGGUAAAAAAAUCUGUGUUAAUUGCCACCAUAAAUUAUUAGGUGAGGAACGCCGGGAUAAAACCCAAGAACACAACAAAUACACUUGCGAAAGAUGUCAUGCCUCCUGCUGA